UUGGGGGGUGGAGGGGAGAGGGAGCGGCAUAAGUGAGGACAAUGAGGUAUCACAGAUCUAGAUAUGCUAGAUCACAGCAGCCGGUCUUGGCUGCCAGGGCGCUGGGCCGCUGGUCUUCCUCCCGUUGGCCAGGUCCCAGUGAUGACUUGAGAUUUUAGUAUCUCUGUACUCAAGCCCCCCCCCGGGGGUGGGGGAAGCAGCAAAGCAGCGCCAGAAUGGAAAUAACGGAAUGGGGCGGAAUAGAGUGGGAUCCCAGCACAGCAGAGCUCAGGGGUGGUUUAGCAGAGCCCAUCCAGAAGGGCUGUGUGUUAGAGACUAGUGCGUGCAGGGCUGGGUGAAUGGAGGCAGGGGAGAUUGGUCCAGAUGUUUGCUCGAUGUAAAGUGUGAGGAGGGUACUACCUCAUACAUUUAGUGGACUUUGGAGGAGGGACCAUAGCUGGCUGGAAGAGGGCAUUCCUUGCAUUCAGAGGGGCCCAGGCAUCUCCAGAGAGUGGGUUGGAAAGGGCCAGAGGCCCUGCAGAAGGGUUGCUAGCCAGAGUUGAUGAAAUCUGACCUGGUAUAAGGCAAUUUCUGAUUGGGGGACAGGAACAAGUUAAAGGUGUCUAGCCCAGGCCCUGGUAAAUCAAGGUGAGCCUUCCAAGAGACACAGAAUCAUAGGACAGUAGAGUUAGAAGGGGCCUAUACAGGAAUCCAAGUUAAUCAACAUUUGUGCCCUAAGUUUGAGCAAAGGAGACAGGUAUGGAUUUUGCUUUUGAAUCUUGUAUGCAUGUGUUGUGUCAGGGAGGGGGGAUUUAUCCCAGCAAUAGCUGAACCUCUGUCUGACACCCCCAGAGCUCAAGGGUUCUGCCGGCUAUAAGAGGAGCUAUAAAAGGGGGCGGACAGAGAAAACUCAAGGCUCCUGCAGCUUGCCUGACACAAUAACAACACUGCUGUCUCACACCUGAAUCACCUGGUACACAAUGAGCUUCAAAUAACAAUAUUGAUCAUGAUCUACUGGAGUGUUCUUCAACCUUGGGUCCCCAGAUGUUGUUGGACUAUAACUUCCAUCAUCCCUGACAAUUAACCAUGCCGUCUGGGAAUGAUGGGAGUUCUAGUUCAACAACAUCUGGAGACCCAAGGUUGAAGAACAGUGAUAUAGUGAGUGGGUCAGAAUGGAGUCCCAGGUCCUUACCAUGCUGCUUACAAGUGCUUGAUCAUACACACCACACUCUUCAAUGGUCUCAUUAUGUGAAGGGUAGUUGGUGUCUCCAUAGAAUUAAAGACAGAAUCCUUGGCUGUGGGGUGUUUCAUUCUCCACUAAGAUCAAUAACAGUUGUUUGAACACUCUGUGGCACAUGUUACAGUGGAGCUUUUAGUGUGAGGCCAAACUGGCUGGAAAGCUAUCAAGUAUGGAUAGAUAUGAACUCAAUACUGGAAGCAUCAGUUAGAAAAGACAAAGAAGGCACCGGGAAGGCCUGAGAUGAGCAUUUUUAUAGGCUAUCAUCAAGCUAAGGAAUAAAAAUUAUUCUCCCUUCAUGGGUACUUAACACCAGAGACAGCUAAAGGCAAAGGAGAAUAGAUGAAGGGAUGGAUAGGUUAAGGAUGAAGAAGGAAAAAAGAAAUUGAUAGAAGGAAAACUGGAUCAUUUAUGUAUGCCAGCAGUGGGGAACCUCUGGCCCUCCAGAUGUUGCUGACCUGCAACUCCCAGCAUCCAUAGCAAGCAUGGCCAGUGAUCAGGGAUGAUGGUAUUGUAGUUCAGCAACAUCUGGAAGGCCAGAGGUUCCCAUCACCUGUGGUAUGGGAUUGUAUAAGACAAGUGGUGUAAUUAUGCAAGGAGCUGGAGGAGUGCAGAAAACUGCAUGUACCUAUCAAGUCUUCCCACCAGGAACAACCCUGAUCUGAACCCAAGUCUGAAGCUGUGUCUUGUCACCACUGCAAUAUCUCUGGGUUUUGCCAUAUUCAUCUUGAUCUACCUGCAACCAUGUGUAGACCAUUUUGGGGCAUCUAACAGCAUCUCAGAUAGAUGCUCUAAAAUACCCGACCCUUUCCAGGGAACACAUACCUGAUAAAUGUAAGUAGCACACUUGCACAUUGGAAUAGGCUGCUCUAAACACCAUAAAGCCCCAUGGAAUGAAUACUCGAUUUCUGCAUGAGUCCAUGGCCUUAUGGAAUUAGUCCCCUUUUAAUAUCACUCCCCUAGAUUUCUUAACUGUAUUGUAUGCGUUUUUAUCUAUUUUAAGUUUGUGGGUUUUUGUAUGAUUUUAUUGUGAGCCACCCUGAGUGCCUUGUUUUAGGGCAGAAGGGCAGGAUAGAAAUAUUUUAAAUAAUAAAUAAUAUUGCUGGCCAAGCCCCUCAGCAAUUUUCAAGUGGUCUGGGGACGACGACAAAGUUUGGGAACCUCUGCCCUAAAGUAUAAUUUCAUUCUCCCCACCCUUUAACAAAGAGGUUAAUGUGAUACAUGAAGCUAUUAUUAUUAUUAUUAUUAUCAUCAUCAUUGGCUGUUUUCUCCUAAAGAGCCUCUCUGUUUUUUAACAUAAAUUGAGGGCACAGUAUGAGAAAAGGAUGAAUGAAAGGAGGGAUAGUCCAGGGUGGUACAAAAGGAUACAAACGAAGAGGGAAAGGAUGAAAGUGGAGAGAGAUAAAAUGUACAGGGUUGGGUUGAGGGAUGUUGCAGCAGGGCGUAAAACAGAGAGGGAAGCUUGUAGUAACAGAGGUUGCCUGAGCACCAUCCUUCCCUCCUCCCCUUGAAAGAGAAAAUGUUUUGGCUCCUCCCGCAGCCCUCUCCCCUAGAUGGAACAGCUGCCUCUGCCCUGUAAGACCCGGCAAAAGCGACUGCCCGCCUCUUUUUCCUGCUCUCGGCCAAUAAGCAGCAGUUGGGCUAUGAGGCGGGGCUUGUCGCUGCGCUCCUGGGUGGGUUUUUAUUUUUAUUUUUUGAAUGGAAAUAGGCGGUGGGCGAGUCAUCGCCUAAGACUGCAGAUCGCGGCCGACGCUCAGUUGCACCGUAACUCAAGAGCUGGGAGGAAGGGAAGGGAACAGCAAGCAAGCAUCGUUGGCUGAGAAAGGGAGUGGGAGCAGGAAGAGAAAAAGAGGCCGUGGGAGCGGAGUCUUCUUGGGAUUUCCAUGCCACUUCGCGCAGCAGGGCUCCGGCGGGGAAGAUGCUGGUGAGGAAGAGGCAGUGGCUGCAGAUGCAGCGCAAGAGGAUGUACCCGCUCUGGUGCCGGCACGGACUGUUAUGUCAGAGCAUCUGAGCAGGGAGAGGAGUUGAAACCUCCAGCCGGCACUCGGCACAGCAGAGCAGGACCCAAGCCGGGCGCUUGUUACCGCGAUCAUGUCUCCAGGGAAGAGUUCCGCUCUUUCCGUUGCAAAUGGCCCCUUCAGAUGUGUUGGCGUCCCAAUUAAUGGAUACUGACAUGGAUUAUGAAAGGCCAAACGUAGAAACUAUCAAGUGUGUUGUGGUUGGGGACAAUGCUGUGGGCAAGACUAGGCUCAUUUGUGCCCGAGCUUGUAAUGCCACACUGACUCAGUACCAGCUUCUUGCCACCCAUGUGCCCACAGUCUGGGCAAUCGACCAGUAUCGUGUUUGCCAGGAGGUAUUGGAGCGCUCCCGAGAUGUGGUAGAUGAUGUUAGUGUGUCCUUGAGGCUUUGGGACACGUUUGGAGACCAUCACAAGGAUAGGCGUUUUGCUUAUGGAAGAUCUGAUGUUGUAGUAUUAUGCUUCUCCAUCGCUAACCCCAACUCCCUACACCACGUGAAGACCAUGUGGUACCCAGAGAUCAAGCAUUUCUGCCCCCGAGCUCCUGUCAUCCUCGUAGGUUGCCAGCUUGACCUUCGCUAUGCUGAUCUAGAAGCAGUCAAUCGCGCCAGGCGGCCUUUAGCCAGACCAAUCAAACCCAAUGAAAUUCUCCCCCCAGAGAAGGGGCGAGAGGUGGCCAAAGAGCUGGGGAUCCCCUAUUAUGAGACCAGCGUAGUAGCUCAAUUUGGCAUUAAGGAUGUCUUUGAUAACGCUAUCCGAGCUGCCCUCAUCUCCCGCCGGCAUCUCCAGUUCUGGAAGUCCCACCUGCGUAAUGUUCAGAGGCCAUUGCUCCAGGCCCCUUUCUUGCCCCCUAAGCCACCCCCACCCAUCAUAAUUGUUCCUGACCCUCCUUCCAACAAUGAGGAGCACCCAGCUAACUUGCUGGAGGAUCCCUUGUGUGCAGAUGUCAUCCUGGUGCUGCAAGAGAAAAUCAAAAUCUACGCGCAUAAGAUCUACCUCUCCACCUCCUCCUCCAAGUUCUAUGACUUGUUCUUGAUGGACCUGAGUGAGGAGAGCCAGCAGGGGACAAUGGGAAGCGGCACCACUGGGGCUGGUGUUGCUGAGCGGACCCUCCAUCAGGAGGAAAGGCAUCAUCAUGGCCGGGAGUUCCUCUUGAGAGCUGCUAGUUUUGAUAUCUGUGAGAGUGCUGAGGAAGCUGGCUCCGGCCAGCAAAAACCGUGCCUUAGAGCUUCCACCAGCGACGGGAUAUUGCGAGGCAACAACUAUGGGGAACGAGGGCUAAAGCGGGGGCGGAUCCUCUCCUCUUGGAGCCGUGCCUUUGUCAGCAUCCAGGAGGAGAUGGCAGAUGACCCUAUGACGUACAAACCCCGACUUAUGGUGGUGGUGAAGAUGGACCCUUCUAUCCAACUGGGGCCCUUCAGGGCUGUGCUCAAAUAUCUGUACACGGGUGAACUGGAUGAGAAUGAAAGGGACCUGAUGCACAUUGCCCACAUUGCUGAGCUGCUGGAAGUCUUCGACCUCAGGAUGAUGGUGGCCAACAUCCUGAACAAUGAGGCAUUCAUGAACCAGGAGAUCACCAAAGCCUUCCACGUUAGGAGAACCAACCGUGUUAAGGAGUGUCUGGCCAAGGGGACUUUUUCUGAUGUCACCUUUAUACUGGAUGAUGGUGCUAUCAGUGCCCACAAGCCCUUGCUAAUCUCCAGUUGUGACUGGAUGGCUGCUAUGUUUGGGGGUCCAUUUGUGGAGAGCUCAACCCAAGAGGUGGUGUUACCUUACACCAGCAAGAGCUGCAUGCGGGCGGUGCUUGAGUACCUGUACACUGGCCAGUUUUGUUCCACAUCCGACCUUGAUUACAUGAAGCUCAUCAUUCUGGCCAACCGCCUGUGUCUUCCACACCUAGUUGCACUCACAGAACAGUUCACAGUGUCUGGUCUGAUGGAAGCAACUCAGAUGUUAGUGGAUAUUGAUGGUGAUGUCCUUGUGUUCCUGGAGUUGGCUCAGUUCCAUGGUGCCUACCAGCUUGCCGACUGGUGCCUCCAUCACAUCUGCACCAACUACAACAACAUCUGCCGCAAGUUCCCUCGAGAAAUGAAAGCAAUGUCAGCAGAGAACCAGGACUACUUUGAGAAGCAUCGGUGGCCCCCAGUUUGGUACCUGAAGGAGGAAGACCACUAUCAGAGGGCCAGGAAAGAGCGGGAGAAGGAAGACUAUCUCCACCAAAAACGGCAGCCGAAGAGGAGAUGGCUUUUCUGGAAUGCCUCCUCCCCUUCCCAGUCACCUUCCUCAUCAGCAGCCACAGCAUCAUCAUCCUCUUCCUCUUCCUCCUCGGCUGUGGUCUGAGAGAUGUGCUGCCCAAACCCAUGUGCGCACACACUUCAGUCUCUCUGGGAAGGGAGCUGACCACCUUGAGCCAACAUCUGGCUCAGCAAGCUUGGAGAGGAUGCCACAGCUAAAACCCUCAGUUGAGAAAACAAGCAUGAACGUCCCUGGGAGGCUAGCAAGAACCUGUACAGGUGGAGCUCAAGGUCCAGAGCAUCCUACAUCUUCAUACAGAGCUCUUUCUAGCUGGUCCCAAUCCUUGUCUCAGCCAGUGUAGGCACACAGCAGCUGGAGGCCAUCCAGACAGAAUGGAAGGCCGGCCAAAUUUAUUUAAAAGGGGGCACACAUCUAGCAGGACAGACCUCAUGUUUACAGGAAUGCAAGAGGUUUAUAUUAAUAUUCUGCUACAAGGAAAAUGCAGCUGUUCUGCAUUGUUUUAUUGAGGUUUCUCCCCACCCACACACCCUUUAGAAAGAGCAAAAAAAGUGAUUGGGUGCUUCACAGCCCUCUGCACCAUAACAUUUCAAGAUGCUGAAGACAGGCACUGCGGCUGAGGGUUUGGUUCCUGGGCUCCUUUUGAUGAGGUGGCCAUUUUUCUGUUGCACGUCCACCCAGGCUGUUGGCUUUCACCAACGCAUACAUACUGGGAGCACCAAAUGGCUGUGAACCCUCCACGUGAAAGGCAGGCCUCUGUGGAGGAAGCACAGGCCAGUGGACACUCCAAAUCUGCACUAGGCUUGAAUUGCAACAGGAAAAGGUCCUAGAACAGAGAAUCUGCCUGUGAAGGCUGGAAAAAUUGCUGCUUUUUCUUCUUUCUCUUUAUCUGCACCAUAAGCUACCAAGUCAACUAGACCAAGGAGGGUGAGUUAAGAAGGUUGGAGAGAGCAUGUUCCAUCCUGGCCUGUGCUGGCCAAGAUGUUUGGGAAUGCGUUACUUCUGAAAGAACAGGAGACCCUAGCUGUUUUUAAUGAGGCAAACCAAUACAACACCAACAACUUGGAGUUUAGUGUGCAAGGUUCUGUUGUAAUAAAUGGCAUUUUAAAAAGA